AUGGAAAAAAUAAUCGAGAAAUGAAAAUUGAAAAAGCGGUGUGGUCGUCGUCUGUGGCGUGUGAACAGACGGCGUACUUGAUCGCGUAACUAACCUUCUCAAUUCUCAAUUCUCAUUCAUCCAUGGAGGUUCAAAGUUGGGAUUCGCUUCGCAAUCAGGCAAGAAAACUUGAAGCUCAGUUGGAUGAGCAAAUGGUUUUAUAUCGUAAAUUGGUUUCUACGAAAGCCUCUACAAAAGGUGAGGCAACAGAGAGUGAUCUGGAGUCUUGGAUUGAACGUUUACUUAACCAACUCAAACAAGUAAACUCACAGAUGCAAGCUUGGGUGUCCUCUGGUGGGUCUGAAAUGGUUUCUCAUACACUGACUAGACACCAAGAAAUUUAUCAAGAUCUCACCCAGGAGUUUUAUCGGCUCCGGUCUAAUCUUAGAGCUAAGCAAGAACACGCUUCACUACUUGAUGAUUUUAAAGAGCUUGAUCGAACAAGAUUAGAUUUGGAAGAGGGUGGAGGUUCUGAACAGCAAAACCUCCUUAAAGAGCGUGCAUCUAUCAGCCGCAGUACAGGACAGAUGGACACUGUUAUUUCACAAGCACAAGCAACACUCGGUGCACUAGUCUUCCAGCGUUCGACUUUUGGUGGGAUCAAUUCAAAGCUCAGCAACGUGAGCAGUCGCCUCCCAACGGUAAAUACUAUUCUGUCAGCAAUAAAGCGAAAAAAGUCGAUGGAUACCAUUAUACUUGCCCUUGUAGGGUCCGUAUGCGUUUUUCUUAUUUUCAUCUACUGGCUAACCAAGUAAAGAUGAUGUUUAUUGUGUUGGUAGCUUGGGUUUAAUCUAUUGUAUACUUGUCUAGUAUGCGGAGAGGGGUAAUGCAUUGUUUGAUUGCUGGUGGCUCUUCAUCUGAAUCAAAGCCUAGUAAAGAUUAAUUUGUGAAAUGAAUUUUUUUGACAUCAAUGUAUAAAAUUAUGUGUUACAGAUUCCUAGUUCGGAUAUCAUAGCAUAAGAAUAAUGAAAACUAAUGUGUUGAAUCCCUUUCACUCU